CUAAUGAGGAAACAAAGUCAUCUACUUGGAUGGCCUGAAGGUAAGAGUAAACUUUCAGCAAGUUUCAUUUUUGGGUGACUUACUCCUUUAAAAGGCUUCCCAACUGCAUUGUAGCUGACAGGAGGUGAAGCCAUUUACUGCAUCAAGAACAGUUUUGCUUGUGCAUAUGGGGACUCCAGCACUAAAUAAAAGAGGGAUUUUUCUUGCAUUGUUGCACUUUGACCAGUAGGAGGUGCUCUUGUCUUCUUUUGUAUUACAGCCCUUCUUGCUUUCUCUCAUUUAUAUAUUUUCUUCACAGGAUCAAUUCAAGGACAUGUUCAAUACGGGUAACAAAAAGCAAAAGGCUCCAUUAAUGCAUUGCAGUUUUAUCAGAUCAUAUGAACCCUUCUCAAUCCUCUUUUCUUUUUUUUCAGGUCCUAACUUUACUGAGUGGUUUACUUCCUAUGAUAAUGUUGUAACAGGAGAAUACCCCAUUAUUCGGGACCAGAUCUUCAGGUAUGUUCAUGACAAGCGCUGUGUGGCAACCACUGGUGACAUCACAGUAUCAGUCUCUACCUCCUUCCUGCCAGAGCUCAGUUCAGUCCAUCCGCCACACUUUUUCUUCACCUAUAGAAUCAGGAUUGAGAUGGCAAAGUCUGCCCUGCCAGAGAGUGCAUGCCAGCUAGACAGUCGGUACUGGAAGAUCACAAAUGCAAACGGAAAUGUGGAGGAGGUCCGUGGCCCUGGUGUUGUGGGCGAGUUUCCAGUGAUGACACCUGGUAAAGUUCACGAGUAUGCCAGCUGCACCACGUUUUCCACCACCUCUGAGUACAUGGAAGGACACUACACAUUCCACAGGCUCAAGAAUAAAGGGGACGUGUUUGACGUUUCAAUCCCACGCUUCCACAUGGUGUGCCCACCAUUCCGUGAAUCAAUGAGCUCAGUCAGUGAGGUGUCUGCUCCUUACGGUGAUGAGAAUUCAUCGGACACAGAUGACUAUGAGCAGGGAGAAAUGCAUGGCAUGAACAUGGCUGACCCGGGAGGAUGCUGCCCUCGGCAUGUCUGAUGCACUUUUACAUGCCACGGCCAAGACCCGCCCACAGAUACUGAUGCACAACCCACUCGCACAAACGGCAGAGCAGGAGGACAAACAGAGCUUUUAGGCAGCCAUUGUUUAUUGUACAGCGCUCUUGUGCCUGUCACCUCUUGAACGUUUUCUCCAGUUUCUGUGGCCAUGGGUCUGGGUCUGUGUCUGUGCACGUGUGAGAUUAUUGUGCGUCAGUUUGAGUCUGCAAGUGUGGUUUGUGAUUGAGUGAGAGUGAGAGAGUUUAUUGAAUGUGUGUGAGAUUCUGUGAGAUUGGCUCGUUUUGCCUGGGUUUCACAAUUACCUGCAAAUUACCUAAAGGGAUGGUUCAGCCAAAAUUGAAAAUUGCAAUUUACUCACCUUUACGUUGUUCCAAACCUGUAUGUCUUUGUCUCCUGUGGAACACAAAAUAAUAUAUGAGUAUAUUUUGUCCAUGCAGUGAAAGUAGAUUCCAUUGUUGUUUUGGACCCACUGACUUUAUUUAUGGACCAAAACAGUUUUCCUUCAAAAUAUCUUCGACCGUAGACAUUUUUGGCAGAAGUAAGACAGUCAUACAGGUUCGGGAUGACAUGGAGGUGAGUAAAUGAUGACAAAAAUGUUCGUUUUUGCCCGAACUAUCUCUCUAAAAGCUUACAAUAACAGAGCACGAGAAGAAAUUAUGACACUACUAUUAGCAGAAAAGUACAUGCACACUGAAUUGAGAAUACUUGCUGUGUGUGUUUAUAUAUUAUAUAUAUUUAUAGAUAUAUAGUUUGAAUACUUAACAGAAAGGCUAAAAUAAAUCGAUCCCAUUCAUUUCCUCCACAAGGCCUCAGGUUUUGUGUAGCAUGUAUGUGCUUGUGUAUAUAUGUUUGUUCUUGUGUCGUUUGCACUGAGGGUUUCGGGGGCAGGCUGAGGUACAGACCUUGUGAAGUUAAAGUUCACGCAUACAACAGCUAACCUGUGCAAGCAAUCAUUUAACUUUACCUGCUACUAGUUCUCCACUAGUUAGCCGUUCAGAGGUGCUUUUGGCCUGUUCUCAGCAAUGCUGGAUGGGUGUACCCUUACGAAAAGAAGUUUAUUCAAGUGUGCUAUUAGUAUACUUCUUUUAAACUAAAAAUAGAUAAGUAUGCUUUUAGUUUACU